AUGAUUUUAGGAAUUUGUAUAUAAAUAUUACUGUAUAAUUAUAUAAUAGUACAAAAAAAAAUAACAUCAAUUUUAAAUUUAUAGGUAAAAGGACAAAAAUCUAGAAAAAUAAAUGGGCUAAAACUUAUUAACAGUUUGUCCCUGAUAUAUAUAGUAUUUUUUUUUUUUGAAAAGUUAUAAAUAAUUUAAUUAUUUGUUUAAAAAUUUAAAUUUUUUUAAAAUAAAACUUUAAAAAAAAAAAUCUUUCUCAAAUCUUGUUCAAUAUAGUUUUGUUUAUUUUUUUCAAUUCACAUUUUGUGUUUAUAUAUUAUUAAAUAGCAACUUCGUUUUUACUCUAUAAAAUAAAAACUUUAUUUAAUUCGACCUAUAUGGAAGUUUCAUCUUCAAUCAUUUCUUUGUUUUAAUUAAUUUUAUUUCUUUUCCAAACGUUUUAAUCAAUUUAUUCAUCAUUUUCUUCAAUCUCUUAAAUGCAAUUUGUACAUUCAACUUUAUUUUUUUUUCAUUAAAUUCUUAUUAAAGUUUGCUUAUUUCUUUAAUUUAAUCUUAAUAAUUUAUAAACUUCGAAUUAUUUUGGCUAUUCCAAGGAUUAAAUUUUAUUUUGAAUUCGUUAUUUUUAGUAUUAAUAUUAUAUAAAAUCUCAUUUGCAACAUAUUGGUUAUUUAAAUAAUUUUUAAUAUUUUCUUAAUUUUCUUGUUUAUAAUUUAUGUGUUUUUCUUUUUUAUUUAAAAUAAAGCUUUACGGUCUUUACUGUUUAUUUAUUUAUAUUAAUUAGUCUUCAAAUUUUAUUUUAUUUUAAUUGCUUUUUUCUCUUUAUGCGCUAUAUUCAUUCCUUUAUUAUAUUUUAUAACUAUUUUAUCUAGUAAUUAAUGGCAAUAUUAAAUUUCUAUCUUUAUUUUAUUUUCCUUUGUUAAUAUUACUUUAUGA